AUGGAUAUUGAAGAUAAUGAGAUUGCACUAUUUCCUAACCGGGUGGCAGAUGGUGAAGAUGAUAAUCUAUAUGGGAAAAUAGUGUCUAAUGAAGAUGAAGCUUAUAAUCUCUACAAUACCUAUGCUUUAAGAGUUGGUUUCAGUGUGCGUCGAGGUAGAAAGAGGUAUUCUGGUAAACCUAUAAAUAUUAGCCAACGUGAGUUUGUAUGUUCCAAGGAAAGCAUCACGAAUGAUGAAAAUCCACUUGAAGUGAAAAAGGUCAAUAGGUUGGAAACACGAACAGGGUGCAAAGCUUUUAUCCAAUUCAACAUUGAGAAUGAUGUGUGGAAGGUGACUAAUUUCAAGCCCACUCAUAAUCAUGAUCUUGCUUCACCAUUAGAGAGGCACCUGCUGAAAUCUAGUCGAAAGAUUUCAAAGGAAAAGGCAGGUGUAAUUGACACAAUGAAGAAUGCAGGACUCAACACAAAAGAUGUUUAUGCAUAUAUUUCCACAGAACAUGGGGAAGAUGAAAAUGUUGGAUUUUUACAGAAAGAUUGUUCUAAUCAUGUGCAUAGACAAAAGAUGGUGAAAGUUGAAGCAGGGGAUGCUCAAAGUCCGAUGAAUUAUUUGAAAAAGAAGAAAGCUGAAGACCCAAUGUUCUUUUAUGCAGUGCAAGUUGAUCAAAAGAAUCGGUUGACAAACUUUUUCUGGCGAGAUGGAAGAUCAAAGAUUGACUAUGAUUCUUUUGGAGAUGUGAUGAUAUUUGACACUACCUUCCGCACCAACAAGUAUAAUCUCAUUUGUGCUCCAUUUGUCAGCGUGAACCAUCAUUGGAACAAUGUUAUGUUUGGUUGUGCAUUUUUAUUGGAUGAGACUGCUGCAUCAUUUAAGUGGUUGUUUCAGUCCUUUUUGGAGUCAAUGGGCAAUAGAGAACCUCAAGCUAUCUUCACUGACCAAGAUGCUGCUAUGGCAAAGGCGAUUAGAGAAGUGUUUAAAACCACAAAGCAUCGCCUAUGCUUAUGGCACAUCAGCAAAAAUGCACCUUCACAUUUGGGACAUCUGAAUGGGGAUUCAGAUUUUCAGGUAUUGUGGAAUAAGUGCUGUACAUGA